AUGAACGAGAUUCCGUCUUCAGGUGAGGUGUUCCGCAGCGAGGAUGGCACUGUUUCCACGAUCCUGCCCAGCAACUAUGGGCAGGACUACGAGGCGUCUGAAGGGGAGCUGGAGGAGUACGCCGAGUACAUCGGCAUCGACCCCGCCAAGGAGCCGGAGCUGAUGUGGAUAGCGAAGGAGGGGCUUCGAGCGGCUCUGCCUGAUGGCUGGCGUGCGUGUCAGACGGACGACAACGAGGUGUACUACUUCAACUUUCAAACCGGCGAGAGUCUCUGGGACCAUCCGAUGGACGAGCACUUCAAGACUCAGGUCGUCAACGAGCGCGCGAAGCGAGGCGGUGGCGGUGGCCGCAGUGGCGCAGCCGCCCCCAACGGCGGCGCCCUCCGCACCGGGCGGACGGCCGCCGGGACCGGGUCCACCAAAGCCAUCGCCGACUCCUUCUUCUUGAAGCCUUCCGCAGCAAUUUCUUCGAACCGGACAGCUGGAUCUCUUACAGACAUCGGCGGUGGCGGCGUGGCGGCGGCCAUCACAGGCACCGCGACUGCGACGGACAUUCGGACACCAGGCAGCUCCAUGAAGGACGGUGCCAGCGCGCCGCGCGCCCCACCAGACGUGUACGAUAUCUUGGCACUGUCUUCAGCCACUUCGCACCCUCCCUCUCUAGGUGCGAGCCGCGCUACAGCAAGCGCGGGUCUGCCCCGCAUAAAGGAGCGGGAGGCCGCUCUACGGCAACGACUGGAGGAGGGGAAUGUGGCGCAGCUCCGAGCACUGCGCAUCGAACUGGACAAGAAGGCGGGCGCGGAGCGGCAGAGACUGGCGGAGGCGCGGACGAAGCUUCAGAAGGAUCUCGACGCCGCUUGGGAGCUGGAGAGGUCCAGCGCAGCCGGCGGCACCGUGACCGCAUCUUCAGCGGCUAGCGCACCCAUUCAGCGUCGCCUGCAGAUUGCCCGUGAGGUGAAGCAGAUCGAGGAGAGCUGGAAGGCUCGCCUGCACGACGUUGGUGCUCGCGUGCGAGAGCUGCAGCAGCAGGUGGAGGAGAAGCAGCAGACACUGCUGAAAGCCUUUCAGCAGUCCCCAGAGGAGCUGAGGAAGACGCUCGAGGCACGCAACGCCGCCGAGGUGGCGCUGCUGCGGGAGGCGAAGAGAAAGGAAAGUGACGUCGCCCUUGCUCACCUCAAGAGCGAGCAGGCGUCGGCACUGACAGAGGCGCGACUCCGCGCGAACGCCGCCGUCGCCGCGGCUGGGAAGGUGACCGAGGCGGAGUUUGAGAAGAAGGUACAGGAGCGGCGGGCGCAGAACGGGGCGAUGCUCGCCUCGCUGAAGGCGGUGGUGGAGGCGAAGCAGGCGGAUCUGGCAGCGAAGGAGAAGGCGACGGCGAGUACCACUGCAGCCGCUGCCGCAGUGGGCACGUCCUCCGACGCCGAGGAGGCUGCGAUUUCCGCAGCGCAGGCCGCAGCUGAUGCUGAGGUGGUGAAGGCAAGAGAGGCAAGCGCAGCCGCGGUGGCGCGGCUGCGAGAGGAGUACGCCGCGAAGAAAAGGGAGAAGGAGGCAUCACUUAAAGCAGCCCAGCCGCCGCCGCCGAGUCGUUCAUCGCUCACCUCUUCUGCAAUCUCUAGUCCCACGGUCGAUCUCUCCAGCCCCGCAGACAGCCUCAGCGCGCGUGGCAUCGGUGCUGCAGAGCAGGCGAAGCUGAACGAGGAGGACCAGAAGCUGCGGGAUGAGGCUGACAGGGCUGCGCGCAUCUUCGAGGAGGAGACCCAGAUCAUGGUGGAGAAUAAGAAGGCUGGCCGAUCCCUCACGGCGGCCCCGUCGGCGGAUGUCGCUGCAACCGUUUCUGUAGAAGCAAUCGCCGCGCUCGGCCGCACAGCGAACCAGGAGCAGCGCGCACGCGAGGCCGAGAACACGCGCCACUUCAUGGUCAUGAAGCAGUUAGAGGCGAAGCACGACCAGGCCGUGCGGGCCUUGAAGGCCCAACUCGACAAGAACUUGGCGUCGUCGACAUCGUCGUCCGCGCCGAGGCUUUUCAAUCCUCGCCAGCAACCCUCGUUCGCGACACAGCUCGCGGAUCGCAAGCGGGAGUGGCUGUGCGAUCACCCGGCGCCGUCGGUGGAGAUGCCAACGCUUCUGCCCGUCCCGACGCUGCCGGCUGUGACUCUGCAGUCAGACGUAGCGGGUGUGCGUAUGCCAGACGAAGAGGAGCAGGCGAAGCUCAUCAAGAAGCGCCUCGCUCAGGUGCGGGAGGAGGCGCAUCGGCAGUACGACCAAGAGGCGCAGGCGCUUCAAACCACUCGGCAGAAGGACCUCGAGGCGUGGAGGGAGGCGUACAGGUCAUCGCGGCUAGUGGAAGUGGAGAGGGCCAUGGCGGCGGUGAGGGAGGCUACUGCCGCAGCAGGGGCUUCUGCGGGGGAGGGGCGGCGGCUGGAGAAGCUGCAGUCCGAGCUGCAAGCGCUGGAGGCUGCCAUUAUAGCCGCAGACAGCGAGCACGAGCGUCAGACGCGUGCGCUGGAGGAGAGCAUCGCCGAUCUUGAGACUUCCCUGGUCCAGCUGCGCACACAGGAGCGCCGCGAGGAAGAGGCGAGGGCAGAGCAACUUCACUCCCAACAGCAGCGCCUGUUGUCAAAUGACGUGCACAAGUCCUCAUCGAGCGUGCAUGCAACCGCCGCCGCCGCCGCCUCGCCGUCGAGGACAGAAGUCUCAGCAUCGAGUGAGCUGUACAUAUCUGAGGAGGAGGCAGCCAAUGAAGCGGCGGCACUGCGUGCGCGGUGGACGGCGCUCAUCAAAGCGCUGCGUGCUGCCGUUCAGAGCGAGAUGGAGGCAUACCAGCGCGCACUAGAUGAGUCUACUGCUCAGCACCACACCACCAGCGCCGCUGGAGCUGUCGGGGCGCAUCCAGCAGGUUCUGCAGCGGCGACCGUGGCUGCAAAUACCGGCGCUUCAGUGCACACUGUAAGCACGCCGCGCGAUCGAGGCCCGGCGACAAGCGCGACCUCCUCUCUACCGCCUCCUGCCCCUUCAGCUAUGCUGACUGGCAGUGCACUGCCGGGCCGACCUGCGGCGCUGCAAGAGCAGAAGCCGCCGCAGCCGACGUCGUCGUUGCUUGCUGUCGGCUCCACCGCCACAAACCCCUCUGGCUACACUACCCCACUUCAGCGGCACCCACGAGAACACGACGACAGCGGCGCGGGAUCGAUGCUCCUGGGCGGCACUGCAACGCGGAUGUCGGCUUCUUCUCCGGCGCCGCAGCUGUGUCUCAUGGACUCGCGCUUGGGUGAAGUCGGUGCUCACGGUGCCCUCCCUGUGCAGCGCUCACUCCACUCUCCCUCGUUUCAGCCACAAACGCAGCCGCAUCAACUGUGGCCUGACGCAAGCGUCAUGCCAUCUUCAGAUGCCCCGCUGGGGGUGCGCUGUCGACAUCUUGACCCGCACUGGAACACAAGCGUAUCCUCCGCAGCCGCGCCGUGGACGACUGUCCCCGGUGGCGCGCAAGGGGGAGGACUGACAACUUGCACCUCCGCUGCAUCAGCGCAGCAGGUCAUAGAGGCAUCUGCCGACCGCUUCAGUUACUCUGGCGGGCCAGCGAGCGGCAGGGCCAACGCCGAUGCCGACGGUGCGCGUGCGCGACAGCACGCGGCGCGCCUGUCUGCCUUGCGGCAGACUGUGCGGGCACGCCGGCGCGACCUGCAGGCCCGGCGGGAAGAGAUGGAGGCACUGCGUGGUGAGUGGCGUGCUGACAUGCGGGCCUGCAAGCGGCAGGGCGAUCGCGCGCUGGCGUGUCAGCUGCGCGAAGUGAAGACCGAGUUAGAGGUGAGGGCCCGUGAGCUCAACGAGGAGGUGCUGCAGCUGAAGAAAAUGCAUGAAAGCGUACACGAGGAGGUGCGGCAGUUCCGUCGGUGGCUGGACCUCCGCCAGCAGCCCGAGAGUCUGAUAGCGCGCGAGUGUGGCGGCAGUGCCAACUCAUCGGCUGUAUGCAGUGGCCCCGCCUUCACCGGGAGCAAGCUUGCAUACGUGUGCCGGGGUGAGGGUGAUAAGUCCCCGGGGUCGUCGUCGAAGACCGCUGAUGUGAUGGGGCUGCUGCACAGCAUGGUGGAUCGGACGGAGCGGUUGGAGGAGCUGCUGCUGAUGACUCGCCUGGAGACCCACUCGCCUUCAACGCAUCGCAGUGGCAUGCAGCACAGUGGCCGGUGA